AUGUCUACGUCAAAUUUGCAGCCAAAUACUCAAUUCAACACAAGCAAAGUUCCUUACAUCAAAACAAGCUUAAUCGAAGUAACCAAUCGCUUACCUCACAAACCGCCUUGUCGAGUAUUCUUCAAGAAUGAAAGUGAACAGCCAUCUGGUAGUUUCAAAUUGAGAGGUAUUGGCUACUUGGUAAAACAAUCAAUUGAUAAAGCAAAAGCCGAUGGAGUGUCCCUGAAUGAUAUUCAUGUUUUUGCAUCGAGUGGUGGAAAUGCUGGUUUAGCUGCUGCUUACCUGGCUCAAUUCUACAAUGUCAAAUGCACUGUUGUUAUUCCUACUAUCGCAAAACCUAUUAUACAACAAAAAUUGAAGGACUAUGGUGCUAGAGUCAUUUUGUUUGGCAAUUCAAUUUACGAGGCAGAUAAUUAUUUAAAGACAUUGAUUGAAUCGGCCCCUGAAGGAAUUCACCCUAUUUAUUGCCAUCCAUUUAACAACCCAGAUAUAUGGACUGGCCAUUCGUCAUUAGUGGAUGAAGUUAAUCAACAGCUUGGACCCAAUAGAAAACACCUUAAGAGUAUGGUAUGCUCAUUUGGCGGGGGUGGAUUAUACAAUGGAAUAUACCAAGGUAUGAGAAACAAUAAAUUACAAGGAGACAUUUUGUUGAUUGAAACAGCGCAGGCGCCAACCCUUAGUGAGUCAAUCAAGGCGAAAAGUAUCAUCACCUUAGAGAAUGUCAGUUCAUUGGCCACCUCAUUAGCUUGCUCCUACACCACCCAACAAUCUUUAGAUUACUUUCACGACAAGCUGGUUGGAAUAGAUACUUUCUUAGAUGUUAUUGACGAUCUUGAUGCACUUCGAGCAUGCGUAGCUUAUAAAAGAUGCUGUGGCAAAACUGUUGAGCCAGCUUGUGGUGCUGCAUUAUCCGCUUGCUAUGAUAGAAUAGACUUGCUAUAUAAGACCCUUUCUCACCUACAAGAGGAUGAUAUCUUGGUGAUUGUUGUUUGUGGAGGUUCAUGCACUACUGAUUCUGAUUUGAAACAGUACGAGAUGGCAAUAAAGAAAGCAGAAACUAAGCUUUAG